GAGAGCAACCAACGACCAUGGCUGCGGGAACUUCGAGCGUGCUCGACUGGCUGAAGGGCUUAAAGCUCGACAGCUACCAUGAUGCUUUUGUGGAUGCAGGCUUUGACACCCUGGAUAAAGUGGCGAUGAUAAGCUCGGAAGACCUUGAUCGCAUGAAUAUCACGUUGCAAGGUCAUCGUAACCGUAUCCUUCGUCAUGUGCCAAAGCAGCCGGCUGAGCUCGAUGAUAUUCUUGAUGGCCUCUCGUCUCUUGUCGACGAUAUGACUAUGCAGGUGGACACCGAAGCGGCACCGUCGCAUCUCGAUGGCACAGAUGCCAAUGACUUGGACGACAUUCUGGCAGACCUCUACUCGUUUUCACAAGACGACUCUGGCCAGCCCAAAAUACCGGCCCCUUACCACGCGCCGGCGACUGAGAACGAGGGUGAGGCAGGAGCCAACACAGAGGGCAGCACGGCUGAAGCUAUUCCUGCUGCUAAGACGACGACGCCUUCUGCUGUCGAGGCGGCUGCGCCAGCGCCCUCUGCUGACGUAGAACGGCCCGUCAUCGUCAGCACGACCGCCAACUUCGAGUCCUCCGCGGCUGUGUCACAGCAUCUGGACCAUUUCUCUAAACGCCUCUCCAGCAUGGGGCAAAUCUCGACGGUGGAUUUGGAGAACAUGAUGAAAGAAGAAAAGAUUCGCAUUGCCAUGAGCAAACUUGCUGCCGCACAAAUGCAAAAGAAUAUCAUCCAUGUCUUCAUGGAGGAUGCCACCAAAAAGACCAUCUGUGUGGAUGCCACAGAAACGGCCUUUGAAGUCUGCCGCAAGACCGUGGUGAAGAAUCGUUUGCCGGAUGAUCCUUUCUGGACCCUCGUGGAGGUGGCACCGGAAUUGGCCUUGGAACGUUUUAUUGAGGACCAUGAGCGUAAGUACUUUCCAGCCUCAUUUGUCAAGGAGACACAAGAGACCAAGGAUGCCUCCAAGCUCACAGAACGAGCCAAGCGAAUCCUAUUUCAGCACAAGCUCAAUGCCCCACAGGAAUACUUUAGCUCGACGGCGCGGCUACCAGAUGUCAAGGGCUGGGUGCAAUGCCGCGAGGGCAAAAAGUGGAAGAAGCGCUUUCUCUUGCUGCGAGCGUCGGGCGUCUACUACUCCAGCAAGGGCGAAUCAGAGGCCUCCAAAGAUCUGGUUGCUCUUGUCAAAUUUCAUGAAUGCAUCCUGUGCCAUGGACAAAGUGAAUUUGCCAAACAAGUCAAGGCACCUUCUGAUUUCAACUUGAUUUUCAGGCCGAAUAUUCGCAAGCGACUGCCAGAGCUGACAGAUUUGAUUGUGCUAAACUUUCAUACCGAGUCUGACAUGUUGCCGUGGGAGGCUGGCGCGCGUUUGGCCAUUCAUGGCAACAAGCUUAAGCAAGGAUUUGAUGAUACGGCUCGCAAAUUCACCGAGCUGGCCCAUCUGGGCGCAACGCCGUCAAGCCUGGCAUCACAAUUGCGUCAGGUUCCUUCACAAAAGUCCAACGACCCAGCUCUCAUCCAAAAGUGGCGGUCACAACGCGCUUCGAAGCGCAACCCCAACAUGUCGGCAGCUACGGGCGUUGAGUUUGAUGACGAAGCGGAUGUUGACGACGCGGGUUUGCUCGGACAGGCAGCAGAUUCGAUGGCCGGCGCGGAUCCAAACGGCUUGAACUCAGGUUGCUUGCAUACUGAGGACUUUGCCUGUCUUUGCGUGGUGCGGGCAGGGCCGGGAGCAAGCGCUCCGACUCCAGUGCAUAAGCGUUUUCCCAUUGCAAAUGUACCUCUCUCUGUCUCUCUGUCUCUCACAUGUGGGAGCCUUCAGUAUGUCCAUACAGACUGCCUUUUGCGUUGGAUCGAUGAGAAGCAGGCUAGCUGUCAGCGCCGACACACCGUGCGUUGCCCUCAGUGCAAAACUCCCUUCAUUGUCUCCGUGGAGAAUCGGUCCUUGUUUGUGAAAAUUGGCGAUGCCUUUCGGGACAUUGCCGCUGAGCUCAGUCCGAUCGUCUCUGUCCUCAGUACUGGCCUGUGCUUUUGGGCUGGUCUGGCCUGCUACGGCGCCCUGGUCUAUCGCACCACCACCAAGCGCACCAUCGCCUCCCUGAUAGCGCGACAUCACCCCAUGACCCUCAUCUCCCUCCUACCGCUCAUUCCCUGCAGCCUGGUGGCCACCAACCUUGCUGCCAGCCUCAGCUACCAAGUGCGCAUCGACCAUGAUGGUAGCCUACGCAUUCAGGUCCACACAGAGGAGGAUGAGGAUGCGUUGGCCGAAGAGGACGAGGUCAAUGCCGCUCUUGCUGCCUGGAACGACCCUGGUGACGCAAUGCAUGCCGCUGAAGCUGGCAUGGAAGCCCGCGCUGCAGCCAACCCGUUGUUUCAUGAUGAGGAGGAUGAUGGUGAUGAUGGCUUUUUGCCCGAGGAAGAUGAUGAAAAUGAUGAUGAAGCGCGACGGCUGUUGGAGGAACAUGAGCAACUCGAGCAACCUGCUCUGCGUCCGAGAACGGCCUAUCCUCAACUCGUCAUGGCAUCCACCGUGGGAGAUCUCUGUUUCUCCGCCUUCAUCCCCAAAACUUUUGAUCGCGUCGUACUAGGUGGCCUGGUAUAUCAAGCAUCAACGUCAGCGCUUCGAAGCAUGUACACACACUACAAGCAGCAAGAGCACGCGCAUCGACGCAUUCACAACUUUCACGGCGCAGAACCCUCAAUCAACGGUCCAUGA